AUGGGUGCGGCAAAUGGGUAUGCGAAUGGAAAAGUGGCAUAUUCUCAACCGGAGCUAUCAAAAUAUGAAAAAGUUGUGGAAUUUAUUAUGCAUCGCUUCCGAUUCUUGUUUGUCGUCCCAUUUCUUCUACCGCUUGGAGUUGUUUACAAUUGGUUUUUCGAAUUGAGAAAUUGGUUUGUAUUCAAUAUCAACUCGGCACCAAAGGCUCAUGACAGAAAAGUGCAACGAGUUCAAGCACAAGUGAGAAGAUGGAAUGAAUCUGGACAAAAAACCAAAAUGUGCACAGCUAGAUCCGGCUGGCUUACUAUGAGCUUCAGAUUUCCAUUGUACAAGCAAAGCAUGACGCAGAUUCGAACAGACACUUUGAUUGAUAUUUUAGAGGUAUGUUGUUUGUUAUAACUAACCAGCAUCCUUAUCAGCAAGGCUUGCUCAGCGGCAAUUUAAUAGUUUGUGUUAUGAGUAGCAGACAUCACUGCGUUGAAUACUUCAACGAAAAAAACUGUGAUUUGGACUUGAAUGCGUGUCCAAUUUCGAAUAAUCAGGGGUGAUUAAUCUAGAAUAUAAAAUUUUUUAUGACAAGUUAACCUUGAAAAUAAAACAGAACUGAUGGUGUCAUUGGAUACGGUAUUAUUAACGUUAUAAUUACAAAACCUUCAAGACAACUUUCAAGAAAACAUUAGAUUUAUUAUUUUGGAGCUCUCUCCUGGAGUAGAUUAUUAAUUUUCAAAACUCCGUCGACUCUUUAUUUUGAAACUGGAAAAAUAGUUUUUAGAUGAAUCAGAAAACUGGAAAUAUUUCCUUCUGGAAAUGUGAAAUUAAUUAUGCCUGCUGAAAUUCUUGAAGUUCGAAAAAAAUUAGUAAUUUCACAAUCCUAAAGGUUUUUAAUUAUGAUUUUGUUGUAUUAAUUUUGAAUCUCACAAGCUCAUUUUUUAUAGUGAAGAUCAAUUUUCAUAUUGAGUUUUAAAACAGGCUCACGAAUAAAAUAUCCAUUUAGAAUAGCUCAAUUUUUUUGAGCAGAAAUUGAUAACAAUUAUACUAAUACUGAAAAUUGUUUUAUUUUGAAACCCCGUCUUCCCGAACUCCACAGAGUGAACAAAAAAAUGUAUUCAGAUUGAUGAGGAAGCAAUGACAGUUCGAGUAGAACCGAUGGUAACAAUGGGUCAAAUCACUCGGUUCCUUAUUCCUCGCGGUUUUACCCUUCCAAUCGUCCCGGAACUCGAUGAUCUUACUGUAGGUGGAAUGAUCAAUGGUUGUGGAGUUGAAGCAUCUGGCAAAAAAUAUGGAAUGUUUCAACAUAUUUGUCAAUCUUAUGAAUUGGUUUUAGCCGAUGGAUCACUUGUAACUGCCAAGAAAAUUGAGGUUUGAAACUCCGAGGAAAUCUCAAUCUCAAAAAAUAUUUUAAAGGGUAAACCAGUAAAUCAAGAAGAAUCUGAAAUGCACACAUUAUUCUUUGGUAUUCCAUGGAGUCAUGGAACAAUUGGAUUAUUAACAGCAGCUACAAUUCGUAUAAUUCGUUGUCGACCAUUUGUCAAAUUAGUCUAUUAUCCAACCAACACUUUGGAUGAAAUGAAAUUGAGAUUGAAUGCCGAAGCGGAAAACAAAGAGAAUGAAUUUGUUGAAGCGUUGAUGUUCAACAAAGAUAAAGGUUGUGUGAUGCGCGGUAGAUUCUCUGAUGGACCACUUGAUAAAACUGGAGUCAUUAAUCGAAUUGGUAGAUGGUACACAAAAUGGUUCUAUACACAGGUUGAAGAUAUUGUUGAUGAUGGAAAAGUGGUGACACAAUUUAUUCCAUUGAGAGAUUAUUAUCAUCGACACUCAAAAAGUAUUUUCUGGGAGUUGAAGGAAAUUGUUCCUUUUGGAAAUAACGUACUUUUCCGUUGGUUCUGCGGAUGGAUGUGUCCACCAAAAAUCUCACUUCUUAAGGUACUAUAUUUCUGAUGUGAAUAUCAAAUUUAAAAUCUAUAGCAAAAAAUAAUGAUUGUUCACAAUGCCCUACAUUUCAAAUAAAAUCAAGUUUUAUAGGCCACAACUCCACCAACACUUCGCAAAUUAUAUGAUCGUCAACAUGUUCUUCAAGAUAUGCUUGUUCCAAUGGACCAACUCACAAAAACAAUUGAAGUUUUCCACGAAGAAGUUGAGGUAAAUUUAUCCUCAUUCUAUCAUUUUCCCACAAAAGGCAAUUUUUUCAGAUUUACCCAGUUUGGGUUUGCCCAUUCCGACUUCCAUCGUGUCCAGGAAUGCUUCGCCAAAGAUCUGGUGCCAGUCAAAUGUUUGUUGAUGUUGGUGCAUAUGGUGUGACAUUGAAAAAAGAUUAUCACCCACAAGAAACUACUCGACGACUUGAAGCAUUUGUUAGAUCUGUUAAAGGGUAAGUAACACUAUUUUCUCCAGUAACUAGAAUGUAGUUUUCAUGAAAUGUUUUUAAAUUUUCAUUUUUUCAGAUUCCAAAUGUUAUAUGCUGAUACUUAUAUGACACGCGCUGAAUUCUGGGAAAUGUUUGAUUCAUCAAUUUAUGACUGGCUUCGUGCAAAAUAUAACUGCCGUAAGGCUUUCCCUGAUGUUUAUGACAAAGUUUGCAAGGCGGCAAGAUACUAA